CCCACCCCAGCCUGCCCGCCGUGCAGCCCCAUCCCGCCUCGCAGAGCCUCUCGCAGCCACUCUCGGCCUACAACAGCAGCAGUUUAAGCCUCAACAGCUUAAGCAGCAGCAGAAGCAGCACUCCUGCCAAGACUCAGGCCCCACCUCCACACAUCUCUCACCACCCCUCGGCCUCCCCGUUCCCCCUCUCUCUGCCCAGCCACAGCCCCCUGCACACCUUCACACCCACCCUCCAGCCCCCCGCACACCCCCAUCACCCCAAUAUGUUUGCCCCUCCUACGGCUUUGCCUCCUCCACCUCCAUUGACGUCAGGGACACUGCAGGUUCCAGGACACCCAGCUGGUAGUACCUACUCAGAACAAGAUCUUCUCCGUCAGGAACUAAACACGCGAUUUUUGGCCUCGCAGAGUGCUGACCGUGGGGCCUCCCUGGGCCCACCACCAUACCUGAGGACUGAGUUCCACCAGCACCAGCACCAGCACCAGCACACACACCAACACACACACCAGCACACCUUCACGCCUUUCCCUCACGCCAUCCCACCCACUGCCAUCAUGCCGACGCCAGCACCGCCCAUGUUUGACAAAUACCCUACAAAAGUUGACCCCUUCUACCGUCACAGUCUGUUUCACUCCUAUCCCCCAGCUGUAUCAGGGAUUCCUCCCAUGAUUCCUCCAACUGGUCCCUUUGGAUCACUCCAAGGAGCCUUCCAGCCCAAGACUUCCAAUCCCAUUGAUGUUGCAGCCAGACCUGGAACAGUCCCACACACCCUUCUACAGAAAGAUCCACGGCUGACAGAUCCGUUCAGGCCCAUGUUGAGGAAACCUGGAAAGUGGUGUGCUAUGCAUGUUCACAUUGCCUGGCAGAUCUACCAUCACCAACAGAAAGUCAAGAAACAGAUGCAGUCUGAUCCACACAAGUUGGACUUUGGCCUGAAACCUGAAUUUCUGAGCAGGCCACCAGGCCCCAGCCUUUUUGGAGCCAUCCAUCACCCCCAUGACCUGGCCCGGCCCUCCACUCUCUUCUCCACAGCCAGUGGGGGUCAUCCAGCUGGCACCCCUUUUGGCCCACCACCUCACCACAGCAACUUUCUCAACCCAGCUGCUCACUUAGAACCUUUCAAUCGACCGGCGUCCUUCAGCGGGCUGACUGCAGUGGGCAGCAACGCCUUCGGGGGACUGGGGAACCCCACAGUUACACCCAACUCAAUGUUCGGCCACAAGGAUGGCCCCAGUAUGCAGAGCUUUAGCAACCCUCACGAGCCCUGGAACCGACUGCACCGAACUCCUCCUUCGUUCCCGACCCCUCCGCCCUGGCUGAAGCCAGGAGAGCUGGAGCGCAGUUCAUCUGCUGCAGCUCAUGACAGAGAUAGAGAUGUAGAUAAACGAGACUCAUCUCUUAGUAAAGAUGACAAAGAAAGGGAGAGCAUUGAGAAAAGACACUCCAGCCAUCCUUCACCAGCACCUAUCCAUCCAGUAAACUCCCUCGGCCAUAAUCGCAGCUCAAACGAGCAGAUCAGGAGCCAUCUGAAUCCCGAGGCUCGAGAAAAAGAGAAACCCAAAGAGCGAGAGAGGGAUCACUCCGAAUCCCGGAAGGAAAUUAACGUUGAAGAGCACAAGGUGAAGGACAACUAUAUUUCAGAGAAAGAAGGCCUGAGCCAUGAAAGCCGAGUGGUGGAAGAGUCUAAGCAAAUGUCUAGGGUUCCUUCACCCUAUGCUAGGCCCCCCGUUGUGGAGAGCACCAGGCCUAACAGCACUUCCAACCGUGAGGUGGAGCGGAAGAGCGAGCCGGCGUACGAUAACCCGAAGAAAAGCAGUGAAGUCAAAGUGAAGGAGGAGCGAAAGGAAGACCACGAUGUGCAGCCUGAGGGACCUCAGACUCAUAGGUCAUCUGAUCAGCCACCACCUGUAUCUACAUCCAACGUCCAUCCAAGUCCUUUAGUGUCUAUGCCCAUGACUGUAGGGGUAACUGGUAUACAUCACAUGAACAGCAUCAGCGGCCUGGAUAGGACUCGCAUGAUGACCCCUUUUAUGGGAAUUAGUCCAAUUCCUGGUGGAGAACGUUUCCCCUAUCCUUCUUUCCACUGGGAUCCUAUGAGAGAUCCCUUAAGAGAUCCUUACAGAGAGCUGGAUAUUCACCGGAGAGACCCUCUGGGAAGAGACUUUUUGCUAAGAAAUGACCCUCUUCAUCGUCUUUCUGCACCCAGACUGUACGAAGCAGACAGGUCGUUCAGGGACCGGGAACCUCACGACUACAAUCACCACCACCACCACCACCACCCUCUCUCUGUUGAUCCUCGACGUGAGCACGAGAGGGGCAAUCAUUUGGAUGACAGGGAGAGGUUGCACAUGCUCAGAGAGGACUAUGAACACGCACGCCUGCACUCCGUUCACCCGGCAGCCUUGGAUGGGCACCUGCCCCACCCAAGCCUGAUCACACCAGGACUUCCUAGCAUGCACUACCCCAGAGUCAGUCCCCCAACAGGACACCAAAAUGGCAUCCUCAAUAAAACUCCCCCCACAGCAGCUCUCAGUGCCCCUCCACCUCUUAUUUCUACUCUGGGACCUCGGCCUGGGUCUCCCAGAAGGACUACUCCUCUGUCAACAGAGAUGAGAGAGAGGCCUCCUUCUCACACCCUCAAGGACAUCGAGGCUAGAUAAGCAGUGUGAGCCUAAACAAAAACCAGAGAAAGAGAAAGAAAACCUUGUAAAUGAACAUAAUAUAAAGACCUUCUUACUAGUCAUUGAUACAGACUGGGGAUGUGACCCACUGUACCAUAUGUAUAGACCUGAGUGCAAAGAUUUUGAAAUGGUUUUUUUGUAUAUUAUAUGUUGAAAUUUUUCCAGAUCUUUUACCCGAGUCCAUAUGUUCCUCGUGUCUCCUAUUUUAUUUCUAGUUUAAAAUUUUCAAAAUUUGAACUGAAGAACAAGACAUUUACCUGAAUGAUUUGACCAGAAACAAACCACCACUGAUGUUAACCAUACAAAGCUCUUUCAGACCAGAAGUGAAGACAAUUGUAGAUAUUUAUGUAAAAAGAUUGCUUCAUGGGUUAAUGGUUCAUAUAUGCAAAAAGGGUAAGAUGAAAGCUUUACUUUGUACAAAUGUAAAUAGAUAAAAUUAAGUAACAUAAUACAUUAAUACUUCUUAAACUGUGCUAUUUGCAAACUUAAUAUUGAUCAACACAGUCUGCUUAUGCUGUGUUACAUAUAUUGUUAGAGACAGCUAAACCCCUUCAACUAUGCAAUGAAUUGUAAGGCUUUUCACAAAAGCCUUUAUAACUCAUAGGAGCCUUUUCAACACACAACAUAACUGAAGUCAUAUUUUCCCUGAACAAGCUCAUCUGUAAUCAAAACCUAUUUCUCUUGCUUGUUUUGCUAAAGGAACAGCCCAUUAGAAGUGCAGUUUUCUGUCUGAACCCCUGCAUCAAGAUGCUGAUGUUACUGUAGCUCAUGUGUCCCCUAGAAUGGGUCAGGGUUAGAGAUCUGUAAUCUGAUACUGUAGUCAUGACAAACUGGUUUUCAGUCACCUUAAUCUGGGUUAAACAGAGUAAUAACCAAAUGCUGGGUAGUUUCCAGAACUUUCAUCACUUAACAUGUCAAUCUUCUUUUUUGGAAAAAAUACCUGCUCACAGCUGUUCAUGUCUGGGUUUAUUUGUAUUGCCUCUGUGUUAUUUUUCUCUGUGCACACAUUUUUUUUUCCUUUUUUUGUGAAGUGACUUUUAGCUACAUUGAAACAGAUCCUCCAGGAAAGCUAAUACUUUUCUAAAUGAUAGACAUGUAUUCACUGUGGCUCAGUAGUUUAAUUAAUGAACUCUGAUGCAGAUUUCAUAAUGCAAUUUAUUGUAUAUCAGUUGGUAAUAAAGUCUGUGAAUAGUUUACAGGUCAGCCUUGUUGUUCCCUAGUCACAGAAGACAUGAAAUAACAAAAAGAACAUGGUCCUUUUUAAAAAUAUGCAUAAAUCUUCUGAAAUCUGUCUUUUCAUAACACACUUUUUUAUAAUGUGUUAAGUUUCUUGUCUAAUAUUUGGAGAGAAUAUGACUUUAUCAGAGAGAAUUCAGUAUCUUGUCUACUGGACUGUAAAAUAUAUGUAUGAAAUAAAAUUAGUUCCAUUGGUCUUCUAGUGUAUUAAAGUGCUAUCUGAAGUUGUUACCCUGUUUUGGCAAAAAAAAAACAAAAAAAAGUUAUCUACAAACAGUUGUUUCUAAUGAUCAGAGAUCUAUUUUAGUAGUCAACUGAAGGUUUAGUUGUGAGCUUCAGAUUUUGUGAACUCCAGAUGUUGUGCAGUGGUUUUGGGUUUUUUCCCCUUUUUUUUUUCUUUUUUUUUUUUUUUUAAAUGAACAAAAGGAAAAAUACAAAAAAACCCCAACCCUGAAGAAUAUGUACACUGGAACCGUAGUGGUAGCUUUCAGUAUUGUAAAGAGAUUGUUAUAUACAAACCUUUUUGCUGUUUAUCCUGUAUGUAAUAAAGUCCUUUCUAGAUCCUAUGUGAAAAGUGAAGCAGCUCUCAAUCUUCAGCAUGUUUCCUCCUCAGCGAAGACUUGUGUAAUGUAAAUUGUGCCAUGUUAUUAAAAAAUGUGAACUAAACU